AUGAACAUAUAACCUUUUCUUGUAUUUUUUUCUUUUCAUCCAAAGAAUCGAUUGGUUCUUCUUACUAAGGGAUUAAGAAAAAAGGUUUUAUAAUUUAGGUAUCAAUGUGCUUGAUUUUAGUAUAAUCUUCUUCAUUUCCUUCUAAAAUAUAACAAUUUGAAAUAUAUGAGUAGCAUGUUAAAAAAGGUUGAAAUAAUAUAACUUAAAUCUAUCAAGAAGGAAUGUUACUUUUAUUUUAGAGCAUGAUGUUAAAAAUCAAAUAUAAAAUAGUUGUAAAAUAUAAUAGAUUAAAUGGAACAAAAAUUAAUAUAUAAUUGCAUUUUAUCAGCGUUCUAGUUGGAAAAUAUUAUAUGUAAAAAACAAUGAAGGAAACACACUAUUAGAAUCUUAAAUGAAGGAUUAAUAUACUUUAUAAUUAUGGUUUUCCUUUAUUAAUGAUGUAUCCUUUUGUGUAUGGAAUCAAUUAACAUUAAUUUUGUUUUUAAUAGAAAAAGAUUCUUAUCUUUAGAUAGAAGUUAAUUCUAAAGAAAAAGUAAUUUUAAAUUAUCAUUUAUUUCAACACACAAAAGUUAUAAAAAAAUUAUUAGUAUAAAUGAAAUGCUAAAUCAUAAUUGUUGUAAAUUCAACAGAAAAUAGUAAUUCAAAAGUAAAUGAUUCUUCAAUUAAUGAGCUCAAUCUAAAUUUGAAAAAUGAAAAUAAUAAAUUCCAUUUUUAUUCAGAUAUUCUUUUCCUAUAAAACUAAUUCGAAUUAAACGUUUUUUUGAAUCCUUAUAUUAAUCAGACUUAUUAAAUUAGUAAUACUCCAUUAUUUUUUUUUGAAUUUGAUAAAUUAUUCUGUUAAUAUGAUCAAUCAAAUAAUACUAUAUUAUUUUAUAGAUAUUAUCAAUUAAACAGUUUUAUAAAACCUAAAUAGAAGUAUCUCUACCUAAUUCACCCCAAAGAUUUGUUUUAAAAUGAUACUUUAUUCAUGUGUUUAAGAACAAUUUAUGAAAAUAACACAUUAGAAGAGAAAUCCUAAUUAGUUGAGUAGAUAACAGUAUAACAUAAUUGUUAAAGUAAAUUCUAAUAAAAAAUCUGGAAGUCAGAAGCACUAUUUUUAUUCCAAAAUAGUUAAUUCAAUUUAUAUAAUAAUGAGGGUAGCAUAAGUGUAAGUAUACAAAAUAAUCAAAAAUUUUUGAAUUCUUGUUUAUCAAAGCUUCAAUCAUUUUAUUUUAAAGAUAAGAUUGAGUUGAGAUAAAUAAAUAUUCCUUAUUACAUAAGUUUUCAAAAUGAUUCUCAUUUUUAUAUUUACAAUUGUAAGCAAAAUAAAAUAAUUAUUUCAAUCAAUAGAGAUUAAUUUGAAGUACUUGAAUCUUAAGGGGACUAUUAUAUAAUAAACAAAAACAAUACCAAUCAUUUGAGAGUAAUUUAAUUUUAAGGUGAGUAAUUACUCUAAUUAAAAAUAAAGUUUGAAUAAGCAAUUAUAAAUUCUUAAAAAUUUUCAUAAAGUGUAAUUCUAUACAUGAAUAAUUCAAAUUUACCUCCUUUAAUAUAUUAAAAUUUUUAAUUAAAUGAAGAUGGAAAAUAUCUUUCGAAGAGUCUUUAUUAAUCAGAACCUAUUCUAUUUUAUUAAGAAAUGGGAUAUUAAAAGUUAAUUUAGUAUAAAAAUUUUAUAGCUGUAGAAAAUCAAGGAAAUGUUAGAUGUUUUAAAUUUUAAGUGGGAUUAAUUAUUUCGAUUUAAACUAUAAAAAUCACAAAUAAAGACUAUUCAAUAAUAGCAAUUUGGUACAAUCUAAUAAUUUUACAUUACAAAAUUUCACAAGAUCACUUAUCCUUAUUUAUUGUAAUGAUUAUGAAUUACAUUAAAUUUUUAAUUAUAGUUUUUCUGAUUAUGUAUUUUCAUAUCCAUUUAAGUACAUUAGAAACCCUUCUCAUUUAGCUAUUUUAAUGAAGUAAAACAAAGAAUUAUAUAUAGCUAUUUUUAAAUAUAAUAUAUCUUCAUUGCAAUUUUAAGAAAUUAUUGAAACUGAUGAUUCCUUUUUUACUUUUUAUUAAAGUGAUCUAUUGUAUUAUUGGUAUAAAGAAUGGAGAUAUUUACUUUUAAAUCAAAUUUUGGUAGAAGUAGAAAUAAAUCAUAAUUUUUUAAAGAACUUAUCAUUACUCUAUUAGAAAGAUUUAUAUCCAAAUAAAUAAUAAGAGAGAAGUAUUUAACUGAUAUUGUAGAUUUAAAACAAUUGUUAAAAGAUAUAUCCUCUUAAGAAUUUAUUUA